AUGGAAAGGAUGCCGAGACGUGUUAAAACAUUACAGAUCGCUCAAAGGGUCAGUGGCAGUCGUGGGAACAUGGCCGAAGAGGGAGUGCUAGACAAAUUUUGCGGCUCCCCAUUUUGGGAUGCCAACCUUACUUGGAACACAGAUACACCCCAGUUUACACCAUGCUUUGAGCGAACAGUGUUGGUGUGGAUUCCCUGUGGGUUUCUGUGGUUAUUUGCCCCCUUGGAGACUCACUAUGUUCUUCAAAGUGCCGAUCGACUCAUACCUUGGUCCUGGCUCAAUGUUUCGAAGCUGGUAGUUUCAGCUGCCUUAAUGACCCUGCAGUGCUUGGACUUCUUUUAUGCUGUCCAUAAGUCUGUUGCAGGAGAAGAUGUAUUUGGUGUAGAUUUUCUUGCUCCUGCCAUUAUAUUCUUCUCAGUGCUUCUUCAGUUGAUAUUUAUCAUAAUGGAAAAGAGGCGAGGAAUUCAAAGCUCGGGGUAUCUCUUCCUCUUCUGGCUGCUGCUCCUUAUCUUUGGGAUCCCAGAGUACUGCACUUAUUUCAUGAAUGUAUCUAAUGAGGAAGUAGACACAGAUAAUUUUACAUUUGCAACAUACAUGGUGUACUUCCCACUGGUCAUAAUCAUGUUGCUUUUGAACUCCUUUGCUGAUGCUACACCAAAAUAUGUUAACUUCCCGAGGGGAGAGAAACCUUGUCCAGAGACAGAAGCUUCAUUUUUAAGCAGAAUCACUUUUUCUUGGCUUGAUAAGUUGAUAUGGAGAGGAUACAGACAACCUUUAGAGCAGUCACAGCUGUGGGACCUGUCGUAUGAAAAUACCUCUAGUAAGAUUGUGAGAAAAUGGGACAAGAACUGGAGAAAAACAACUGCCAAGGCAUACAAGUAUGUAUGAUCAGUGAUUAUUCUUAUUUUUAGAUAUAUUUUUUCUUUCUCUUCUUUUUCUGGUAUUUUUCGUUUUUAUAAGAGGGAUGAAAGAGGAAACAGUUUCCUUCUAAUAUAAAGUGAAAUAGUCACAGUCUUUUCUUUCAUGGUCAGUCUCCUUUUAGAUUCCUUGAAAGUGAGACAUCUAGUCCAGACACUGCUUUUUAAAAAACACUCAA